AUGCUACAGUACCUGUUUCAAUAUCCCGUGGUAAGUUGUUUGAAAAGGUAUUAUAUACAAAUUUUAGUCAUAUGAGCUACAAUCCGUCUAUUUGUACUUUGAUACGGAAGAACAAUGGCACUCUGCUUAUGAUCCUCAAAAGGUAGGUUAUUCGUAGCUAUUAACUAUAAAAAAGUUUUGUACUUUGUAGUUGUUUAACUUACUGUAUAAAGUGCAAUAUAUAUGAUUUUCAAGUUAUAGUUCUCUAAGGUUAUGAGGCACAUAAUACGCUCAUAAUUUUUGCAGGUGUUACCUAAAGUCGUAUUUUUAGACCUGUAAAGAGAAAGAAGACCUGAUAGAUCCUACCAACAACCAGAUCAUCCAUCUGACUUCAGAUGCGCCUUCUUUCGAACAAUCGGUUUGCACCAAAGUCAACGUAUCUGGCGAGGAAUGGUACCAAUGCACAGGUAAUCGGUCCUUCUACUCUCAACGACCGAGAUGGUGGUAUCUUGCACUAGGGAACUGUGAUUCGACCGAAGGAUUGUAUUUGGAAUAUUCUAUUUUGAUGACAAAUGCCAAAAUUACCAAUCGAUGGUUCUACCACUUUUCAUUCGACGAAUUUUGUGAGUUUUUAGGGUUUUUAGGUAGAGUAAAUUUACAAUGGUAAUACAAUUAUAUUUGUUAAGGAUUUAAUUUCCAAGAUGGUUUAACAUUUAAUGUUGUUUUAGACGCACUGCCACUUUCAAUCACAUUUAUGGUACUGGAACUGAUCAUUUUGAUUUUAUCCAUAACAUUCACUUGUAAGACUUACAGAAACGUGUUUUAAUUAAUUUACUGAAAGAAUUAGCUUUUAAAAUGGACUUCUUUAUGUUUUACAUUUAAAUUCAUCUUUGCAGACAUGUUAAAGGCUCGUAACAUGUUACACCCGACCUACAAACUGUUUAUGCAUUCUCUUAUCUUUGAUCUGAGCUGUACCAUCUCUUUGUGGCUACAUUACGAUCGUUAUGCCGAUGAUGGUAAAGGGUUUCCUCUACUGAAGUUGAUUGGAUUAAUGUUCAGACAAAUAUCAGUCGUGGUAUUCGUGACCUUGCUGUUGUUACUUGCUAAAGGGUAUACGAUAACCAGAAGGGUCAUAUCAACGUCAAGUGUCUUCAAUUUACUCUUCUUUACACUGUCAUUCUUCUUUUGUCAUGUUACUAUGCUGAUCUGGGAGAUAUUAGUAAGUUUAUUGGUUUCAUUGUGUAUAUGACGGUAUGAUUUGUUAUAGUGCCAUAAAAAAUUUAAUAUGGUGUUUUUACUGGUACAACAUUUGCAAAUUUUAGAUGUUUGACCCAGCCAAAGUAACGUAUAUGUCAGAAUCACUGCCUGCUUAUCUCCUUGCUCUACUCCGUAUUAUUGCGUGGAUGUGGUACAUACGAUCCUCUGUUGUUACAGUAAGAAAGUAUCCUCUAAAGAAGAUGUUCUACAUGUCUCUGGGGUUCCUGAUUUCUUUCUACUUUUGGUCAGCACCGGUUACUUUGGUCAUUGCCAACUUUGUAUUGGACAAUUGGGUGCGAGAAGAGGUUAUGUUGGCGGUGGAAUCAAGUGUUGUUAUCUACGGGUUCUGCACUUUCUUGGUAUGUUAUUUGUUUUAAGAUACUCAAUGAGUAUUUCAACUGUAUUAAUGUUAAUUUUAUAUAUUUAAAUAGAUAUUAGUUAUAUAUGCGACACAAGUUUAAUAUCAAUAUAGGUACUGACCAACCCGAUGCCGAGUAACAAGAACUUUCCUUAUCACGUCCGCACCAAUCAAAUAUCACAAGACAACUAUCCUCAACACGUCUAUGAAGUAAGUUUAUCGGUCAAACACACGAAAUACACCUUGAUUAACAAAAUUAAAUACAAAACUUGUACAGGUACAGUACUCCUCGACUGGCCAGACUCAAAUGAGUGAAUGA